UCUUUCACUUCCAAUAUCAACAGAGAGAGAGAGAAAUUUGUGUGUUCUUUUCUUUGAAACCCUAAUACGAACUCCAUUGAUUGAAGAGACAUUGAAGAAAAGAGCUAUAUCUAUCAUGGGUUCACUGGAUCACCGGAACACGGAGAACUUGAUUGGCCGGACGACUCAGAAUCUAUCAUCGUCGUUGAUACGAAAAAAGUCGGAUCCGACACUUUUAUCCAAGGUUCGGUGCAGAAUGCUGAGAGAAUUUCUGGGAAAUCUUCAAGAAGUGAUACUUGGAACCAAGCUUUGUUUGUUUUUCCCUGCCAUUCCUUUGGCAAUCCUAGCUGAGUUUUACAGUUUUGGAAGAGUUUGGAUUUUUGGUUUGAGUUUGUUGGGACUCAUCCCACUUGCUGAACGUAUCAGUUUUUUGACAGAACAAAUUGCAUAUUACACUGGUCCAACAGUUGGAGGGCUUCUUAAUGCAACAUGUGGCAAUGUUACAGAGCUGAUAAUAUCUAUAUUUGCUCUUCACAAAAGGAAAAUACAUGUGGUGAAAUAUUCCCUUUUUGGUUCCAUUCUCUCAAAUCUUCUUCUUGUUCUUGGGACCUCUCUGUUCUGUGGAGGACUGGCCAACCUCCAAAAGGAACAAACAUUUGACAAUAAGCAAAGUAAUGUGAACAUGCUACUACUAUUGCUUGGAUUGCUUUGUCUUCUGCUGCCAUUGAUGUGCAGAUAUGGUGCUAUUGAGCAUAACACUCUCAUGGCUGCAAGUUCAAUUCUUCAAUUGUCAAGAGCAGGCAGCAUUAUUAUGCUUUUGGCAUAUGUUUCCUAUCUCUUCUUUCAAUUGAAAACCCACAGGCAAUUGUUUGAUUCCCAAGAGGAGGUGGAUGAUGGGGCUUCUGAAGAAGAGAAGGCUGUGAUAGGGUUUUGGAGUGCAUUUAUAUGGCUAUUUGGGAUGACAGUUAUCAUUGCUUGGUUAUCUGAGUAUAUUGUCAGUACAAUUGAGGCUGCUUCAGAUUCAUGGGGCAUUUCUGUUGGCUUCGUCAGUGUAAUAUUGCUACCAAUUGUGGGGAAUGCAACAGAACAUGCUGGAUCAAUCAUCUUUGCUUUGAAGAACAAGUUGGAUAUAUCUUUGGCAGUUGCUUUGGGUUCUGCAGCUCAAAUUUUCAUGUUUGUGGUUCCUUUAUGUGUGGUUGUAGCUUGGAUAAUGGGUGUCCAUAUGGAUCUUGACUUCAAUCUCCUAGAAACUGGUGCUUUGGCUUUCUCAAUUAUAGUCACAUCAUUCGCUCUCCAGGAUGGAAAUUCUCACUACAUGAAAGGAGUUGUUCUGUGCCUUUGCUACACUGUUAUUGCCGCAUGUUUUUUUGUUCAUAAAAUUGUACUUGAUCAAAAAGCUGUCAACAACUUGGAAAUCAAUCCAACCUCUGGCGUCUUGGCUGCUUAAUUAAUUGGCUUUCGAAAGGCCUUGUGGUGAAUCAAAAGCUAGCUAGACAUAAGAACAUGGGUUGCAUAUCUCCUUGUAAUGUUUUGUACCUAGGUUUUGGUUUAUGAUUUGGCUUUAAAGUGGUGGCAAAGGGCAUAUAUAUAUGUACAUAUGCUAGGCACUGAAAAAUAUCAUUACUUCAUACUGUAUUUGUAAUAAAAAUCAAUAAUCAUAUAUGUACAUAUGUUGCACCCAUGUCUCCUUUACCCAGCCAA